AUGGACUCUGAAGAUUCACAUGAUGCUCCAGGAGAUGCUCGCUCUUCUUCAAGCAGUAGUAGUUCCAGUUCCAGGAGUCGAAGAAGUUCAUCUUCAGGAAGAAGUGAUAGGUCUAAAAAGAACCCAAAGUCUCCAUCCCGUUCACCAGCAUCACCAAGAUCUAAUGGCCCAAGAUCUCCUUCACCUGAAAGUCAGUCUCAAUCUUCUCAAAGAUCACAACUCUCUAGUAAACCGCCAUGUUCUCCAGAUAACUUAAGUGGCGCUCAUUCUGAUAUUAACUCUCCUGAAAAUUCAAUGCCUGCAUCUCCACAAGGUCCUAAAUCACCAGAUGCUCCGAAGUCUCCAAGUGAUAUAGGAUCAAACAUUGGAUCACCUGAGCAACCAGAACAGUAUUCUUCUGCACCACCUUCGACUGGUGAAGGUCCUAAAACUCCACAGUCACCUAGUAGUUCGGUAAAGUCGCCAGCUGCUUCGCCAGAUUCUAGGUCACAGCCUAUCUCACCAGAUUCUGCUUCACAAAUAACAUCACCUUCAAGAAAACCUGUGCGUCAUUCCCCCAGCUCAAGUCCUUCUCCAGAUAGAAACUCAUCUCAUUCAUCACAUGUUCAAUCUCCAUCAGUCAAAAAAUCUGAUUGGAGUCCUAAAGAAAAGUGGAGGAGACAUACUAAAGCCGAACAAAAAAUGGUUACAAUUCCACAUUGUCGCAGCAGAUCAGAAUCUAGUCAGUCCAGCAGAAGUUCCUCUUACAAUAAGAGGACUAAUGUCAAGGAUCCAGCCACUGAAGAAAUCUCUGAAGGAGAAAUGGAGUCAGAUCAAGAAGACCAGAACUCAAGAAGUAAAUCUGCAGCAAGUGAUAAAAAUGAUGGAAAAGAUCAUAACAUUAGUCAUGAAGAUUUAUCUGAUGUAUCUGACUUGGAUUCAGUUGGACCAGAAGAAGUUGAUAAAGAAUCAAAGGUAAAAUCACCCCCUGCUUCCCCCGAAAGGAAUCAGGAUAUUAAUACUAAUGGAAAAGUUGGUACAAAUUUGCAGUCUUCACCAAAAUCUGAUAAUGGAAAAAAUGAUACACCAAAAAUGGACAAAGUACCUCAGGAGAAAACAAGUAAUACAGAGGAUGGGGAAGAACAGUUGGAUUUUGAAGCGGAAGAAGGUGAAUGCAUAGAGACUAAACCCAAGGAUAAAUCUAAUGGAGACAUAGAGCAAGUGGGCGAGAAAGGCACAGAUGAGGCAAAAGCGGGUCGCCGGUCGCGAGGAUCUUCCUUGGAGGAAGGUGAGGUAUCAGAUGAAGCUGAACGCAGACCAGAGGAGAGUGAACCACGUCCCGUUUGCCGAUUUUUCUCUCGUGGUGCUUGUACAUGGGGUGUUAGUUGCAGAUUCCUUCACCCAGGUGUUACAGAUAAAGGCAAUUAUAACAUGUUUGAUGUAGUACGAGGUGUACCGACUGCCGGUCCAUACGCCGCUCCUCCGCGUGAUGUUGCUCCGCCUGAGUCAGCCUGGGAGCGCGGUUUGCGCACUGCCAAAGAAAUGCUGAGGAUAGCAAACAAGCGCAAGGAGCAGGACAUGGAUUUCGAGGAGAAGAAACUGCACUUGUCGGUGGGUGGAGUGGUGCACGACCCGGACGCGGAGCUGGCGUACGCGGCCGCCGCGGUGGGUGCCUCGCCGCCGCACCAGCACGACCUGCCCGCACACGCGCACCGGGAACCCGACCCCUACAGCAGACCGUACGGCCCGAUGUAUCGUGGACGCUUUCCUCGGCCGGCUGUAGACGAACGUGAACGUUAUUACGAUCGUGAACGUAUCUACGAGCGAGAACGCAUGUACGAUCGCCCACCACAUUACGACGAACGUACUCCUAUACCAGAAGAACCAUUUCAUAAGAGAAGAGUUCGUUCGUCACGGGAGGUGAUAGUGCAGAGAGCAGAAGUAGAGCGGAGAGAGGGGCGGGAGGGGCGAGAAGUGCGUGAGGGGCGUGAGGGUCGGGAGGGACGCAUGCGAGAAGGGCGCGAGGGCCGGGAGGGGCGCGGUGACGACUGGGCUGAUCCCUGGAUGCGCGCCGAGCCCGCUGCGCGCCGCCGCCGCCCGCCUUCUUCGGAGGACUCGUACAGCACCUCUAGCGGCUGCUCGACGCAAGAGGAGGGCGUCGUCAUCCUCUCGCCAAAGGUUGUCGCCGUCGGUGAUCGUUCGCGAGAGGCGGCUGGCGACGGCGCGAGCUACUGCUAUGAACCCGCCCGCGCCGCGACGUCGGGCGCCCUCCCCGGCCGCCGCGCGCCAGAUGUCCGCCAACCCACCGCCGCCCGCCUCGCACCGACACAAGGUACGCACUUUCUAGCUGUCCGCCAACCCGCCGCCGCCCGCCUCGCACCGACACAAUGUACGCGCUCUGUAGCUGUCCGCCAACCCACCGCCGCCCGCCUCGCACCGACACAAGGUACGCACUCUCUAGCUGUCCGCCAACCCGCCGCCGCCCGCCUCGCACCGACACAAUGUACGCGCUCUGUAGCUGUCCGCCAACCCACCGCCGCCCGCCUCGCACCGACACAAGGUACGCACUCUCUAGCUGUCCGCCAACCCGCCGCCGCCCGCCUCGCACCGACACAAUGUACGCGCUCUGUAGCUGUCCGCCAACCCACCGCCGCCCGCCUCGCACCGACACAAGGUACGCACUCUCUAGCUGUCCGCCAACCCGCCGCCGCCCGCCUCGCACCGACACAAUGUACGCGCUCUGUAGCUGUCCGCCAACCCACCGCCGCCCGCCUCGCACCGACACAAGGUACGCACUCUCUAGCUGUCCGCCAACCCGCCGCCGCCCGCCUCGCACCGACACAAUGUACGCGCUCUGUAGCUGUCCGCCAACCCACCGCCGCCCGCCUCGCACCGACACAAGGUACGCACUCUCUAGCUGUCCGCCAACCCGCCGCCGCCCGCCUCGCACCGACACAAUGUACGCGCUCUGUAGCUGUCCGCCAACCCACCGCCGCCCGCCUCGCACCGACACAAGGUACGCACUCUCUAGCUGUCCGCCAACCCGCCGCCGCCCGCCUCGCACCGACACAAUGUACGCGCUCUGUAGCUGUCCGCCAACCCACCGCCGCCCGCCUCGUACCGACACAAGCUGUCCGCCAACCCACCGCCGCCCGCCUCGCACCGACACAAGGUACGCACUCUCUAGCUGUCCGCCAACCCGCCGCCGCCCGCCUCGCACCGACACAAUGUACGCGCUCUGUAGCUGUCCGCCAACCCACCGCCGCCCGCCUCGCACCGACACAAGGUACGCACUCUCUAGCUGUCCGCCAACCCGCCGCCGCCCGCCUCGCACCGACACAAGGUGCGCGCUCUCCAACUGUCCGCCAACCCGCCGCCGCCCGCCUCGCACCGACACAAUGUACGCGCUCUGUAGCUGUCCGCCAACCCACCGCCGCCCGCCUCGCACCGACACAAGGUAUGCGCUCUCCAACUGUCCGCCAACCCGCCGCCGCCCGCCUCGCACCGACACAAGGUGCGCGCUCUCCAUCUGUCCGCCAACCCACACCGACACAAGAAUCAGAUCCAUAUGGUCGUAGUAAAGCGUCGAGUCGCAAUAGAAAUAGGAAAAAAUAUUCAAGAUCGUCAUCGUCUGGAUCAGAAUCGUCGUCGUCGUCCAGCGAGUCUGAGAGCGAGUCGCGCUCGUCGUCGACGUCGGGCAGCUCGGGCGCUCGCCGCGCUCGCCACGCGCGCCUGCUCAACGCGGCCGCGCGUCCGCGUUUAAAUGCCAAAUCAAGUGCCGGUUUGGCAGCUGCAGUUUCGACAGUCAUCAGCAAAAAGGAAGCACCAAAUGACAAAGAUGUCGUCGGAAAAAAACGAUCUGCAACGUCACCGGUGAGUGGCGGCGCCCCAGCUAAGAAAUCAGUAUCAAGGAGAGAAGAGCUCUUGAAACAGUUGAAAGCUGUUGAAGAUGCUAUAGCUAGAAAACGUUCCAAAAUAUAG